CGUCCCCUUUAAACUGCCCACUCUGCGGAUAAAGUGAGGAGUGGUAGCGCGGACCGGGCGCGCGUGUCUGUAAUCCAAGAGUCUCUUGGUAUGCACAGCAACGAUUGACUGCAGAUUCCAUUUAACGCUUUAACUAACCGACUAAUGGUUUGUUGCGUGAACAUAACGCAACGACUACUGAGACGUCGGCAUGCGAGGUAGACGGACAGCAAAGACCGUGGCGACCUGCUUAAUGCAUCCUUAAAUGUGGAAUGAAGAGACCCCCCUUCCUUUGCAUCAUUUGCUUUUUUCCUGCUCUUUCCUCCUCGUCCUUCUCAAACAACCUGCCGUGAGGAAGCUUUGGGGUAGACGAGGACACACCCGCAUACUGUACCUCUCUGCCCCUCCUCCCUGCCUGCCCCGUUAUGCACAAUACGCCGGUGUGCCGAGAUCUACGGCAGACAGUCGCAUUCAGGAUUUAAGGAUUGUCGUUUUCAUCACGGUCACACAGAUGCCGGAUUGCCGGAUUGCUAUCCUCACUUCGAGAGGGCUGUCGUGACUUCUCGGAACCUGAGGGGUGAUUUAGAAGUUUAUCCAAGCAGGUAUAAUGUCUCAGUUCUGAUUAUGUACUCUGGACUAUUCAAUACGUGAAUGCUUUAUUCGUUUAUUUGCUAUUUGUAUGUGUAUUUCAUUAUCUACAGCUAUAAAUCAUGUAUAUAAUGUAUAAUAUAAUGUGAAGGGAUCUCAAGAGUAAAAAGAAAGAGAGACCACUAAGUCUUGUUUAGCCUAAAAUGUAUUUUCCUGCAGUUUAAUAUUUCAUAGGCUGCUUCUGCUGAAUAUUUUAGAGCAUGCUGGCACCGUUUGGGAUAAGUAACAUUCCAUUGAAACCCGUCCAGCAAAUAUGUACGAAAUGCAUGCCAUAUGCGGUUCUUUGAAUGUCCGGGUGUUUCAUGAAAAAGGAGCAGAAUGGGAUGGGGAACACACGCUUGCAUGAAUGGAUGCAGCAUGGUUAUGUAGGAUGUGCAUGUCUCAUAGAGAAGGGCCUCUUUCACAUGACUGCACUGUGAGAGAUGCAGUUUUAUGUCAAUGGAUAUUUGUCCAUUGCCGAACACCGGACAGAACUGACAGGGCUUGACGAAGAGUUUCAUUAUAUGGUGGUUUCUUUAAGAAGAGAAAGGAACUGCUUUGCAUGUGAAUGCAUAACUAAACAUGCUGUUUUAUAUAAAUUGUGCUGUAUUUUUAGAUCUUCUUUUUCCUAAGCUUUGCUAUUUUUUAUUGCAUGUGUGGGAUCUCUCAUUACUAUACUAGGGACAUACUAGAAUUAUGAUAAACAUAUAUGUUAACAUAAAUAAUGCGGAAGAUUUACCCGUUUCAGUCCAAGAAACGUCAUUGUUAACAUUUUAUCCCUUAUUCCCCUCUUAGUUCUUUUUUCCUUUAGAGUGAAAGUAGGCAAAGUAGUAAACUUAAGUGUUUUAUACAUGUAAUAUUUUGUCGUUUUGUUCUCUAUAUAGUGCAUUGGAAACAUAUUUAAACAUUAUUUUGACAAAUUAAACAAAUUAUUUAGAUUUGUAAUAUUUUUAAACACUGCGACAUGACGCAUUAUCAGAAAGUGUAUCACUUUACCUGUAUUCACUCUACUUUUGUUGCAGAAAGCUUUUAGACCCUCUAUAGACACAAUAUUAAAGAUAUCUGCAUGUUGUCUUCAGAUAUCUUUUGUUGUCUUUCAGUCGACCCAUCCAGUAGCACGCUGUGGCCCUUAGUGCUCUACGGUGUCAAGCCCCCUUCUGUGUGGAUUCCCACCCUGCAUUUUCCCACCCUGUGGUGCCCUGCCUCGGUGAAAAGUGCAGGCCUCACCCUCCUGCAUUAUGACUGUGGCCACGGGCGACCCCUCAGAUGAGGCGGCAGCACACCCAGGUCUUCCUCAGGACUAUGACCCCGGAACGGAGCAGGACUGCUGUGAGCGAGUGGUCAUCAACAUCUCGGGUUUGCGUUUCGAGACGCAGCUCAAGACCCUUUCGCAAUUCCCCGAAACAUUACUGGGGGACCCCAAGAAGCGCAUGAGGUACUUUGACCCGCUAAGGAACGAGUAUUUUUUUGAUAGAAACCGCCCAAGCUUUGACGCCAUCCUUUAUUAUUAUCAAUCGGGCGGAAGGUUGCGGCGACCCGUCAACGUCACUUUGGACGUGUUCUCGGAGGAGAUCCGUUUUUAUGAGCUUGGAGAAGAAGCGAUUGAGAUAUUCAGGGAGGACGAGGGUUUUAUCAAGGAGGAGGAGAGACCGUUGCCUGAAAAUGAGUUUCAGAAGCAGGUCUGGUUGCUGUUCGAGUAUCCAGAAAGUUCUGGGCCAGCCAGGAUUAUAGCGAUAAUAUCAGUCAUGGUCAUCCUCAUCUCCAUUGUCAGCUUCUGCUUGGAAACCUUGCCCAUCUUCCGCAGCGAUGAGGAGGAGAUGCACAAAGUCCCCACUGGCGUCAACACCACAACCAUUUACACAUCCAACUACUUCACAGACCCUUUCUUUAUUCUAGAGACGCUAUGCAUCAUCUGGUUCUCCUUCGAGUUCUUGGUGCGCUUCUUUGCCUGCCCUAGUAAAGCCAGCUUCUUUGUGAACAUAAUGAACAUGAUUGAUGUGGUAGCCAUCAUUCCUUACUUCAUUACACUGGGAACGGAGCUGGCGGAGAAAGCGGAGGACGGGCAGCAAGGCCAACAAGCCAUGUCUCUUGCAAUUCUGAGGGUCAUAAGACUUGUACGAGUCUUCAGAAUCUUCAAACUUUCCCGUCACUCAAAGGGACUUCAGAUUCUUGGCCAAACCCUCAAAGCCAGCAUGAGAGAAUUAGGUCUACUCAUCUUCUUUCUCUUCAUUGGAGUCAUCCUCUUUUCAAGCGCCGUCUACUUCGCAGAAGCAGACGAAUCCGAGUCGCAGUUCUACAGCAUCCCGGAUGCUUUCUGGUGGGCUGUGGUUACAAUGACAACCGUUGGUUAUGGAGAUAUGGUGCCCACAACCAUUGGAGGAAAAAUCGUCGGAUCCCUCUGUGCCAUCGCUGGUGUCUUGACCAUUGCCCUUCCCGUGCCAGUCAUUGUCUCAAACUUCAACUACUUCUACCAUCGAGAAACAGAAGGAGAGGAGCAGGCGCAGUAUCUCCAGGUUAGCGUCCCCAAAGCCGAUUCCCAAGAAGAGCUGAAGGGAAGUCGAAGUGGAUCCACCAUCAGCAAGUCCGACUACAUUGAGAUCCAAGAAGGUGUCAACAACAGCAACGAGGACUUUCAGGAAGAGAACCUCAAGACAGCCAAUUGCACUUUAGCCAAUACAAAUUAUGUUAAUAUCAAAAAAAUGCUGACAGAUGUGUAGUCAUUUGGGGAGCAGGUCCAAACUGAAUUUAAAAAGGACUAGUAAACCAUGUUCGAAGGAGGAUUGUGAGGUCAGAGAGCCUCAGUUAUUGACAUGAGAUUUCCGAUCUCCAAUACCUCAUUGAAAGUCCAGGUCCGUCCACAAUCCAAGUAUUCAUCAGUGUUCGCAUGGAGUCCUCUAUAUCAUCCGACACCUUAUCCGGAGCAGGAGCCAAGUAUUUAUAUGGAACUGUGGAACACAAAUAAACAGCACACGAGUGUCAAUAUAUUUCAGUCAACAUCUUACUCUCAAAGCCAAGCUUCGCCAAAGAAAUGUCUUUAUCUGCUGUUAAAAAGGUUUGCAGACACAUUCAGUACACGUAUAUGAUGCAAAGAAUACUCACAGGAGUUUCAUCCACUCUGCUGCUUGUUAACGAACACCAAUAUUCACAGAUUCAAGACGGUUGUCUAUUAUUUUAGCUGGGAAUGUCAUUGAAAACUGCCUGCUUCUGUGUCGAUAGUUGUGUGUGGAUCCAAAAUACGUAUGUAUGGACAACACUUGUAUCAACUCCUUCACGAUUAUUCUACUGCAAAGCUUUUGAAGACAAGAUGAAUGUCUCUACAUGUCAUAUUUUGUUAUUUAUAGUCUACUGUUGUUCAAUGGCUUUUCUUUUUUCAUCUCAUAUCACACUUUAACCAUUGUUAUUUGCAGUUCUUCAGGAUAAAAAGCAUACAGAACAUGUUAAAAAGGAAAAAUAAGCAAAAUAACACCCUAGUGCCACAGAAAAAAUGCUUGAUGUAUUGUGUAAGAGCAUACUGUUCAUUGUAUAUUCUGCGAGCUGCAGAUAGUCCAAAAUGUAGUUGAUAUUCAAAUAACUUUGCCACUUAAUGAGCCAUAUUGUAGUUCACACUUUAAUGUCCCCAAGCACAUUUGUAGCAAUGAUGUCAUUAUUUUUAAUCACUAGCUUGUCUAUCAUCUUGAAAUCAUUUUCAGGUGUUAGAAAAACCUUGAUAGAGUGUGUUAGAUGUUUUGUCUUUUCUUUUACUGGCUUUGAUCGAGAAAAAACACUGGUAUUAUAGUGUUGCAUGGCCUCAAAAUCAAUCCUAAUGGCAUGGAUUUUCAGCUCAAGAGAGAGUGAUAUACAGAAACUAGUUAGCUAGAUAUUACAACAAUAUGUAACUUGCUCUGUAAAUAUACAUAUAUACAUCUAUUUUUAUCUGUUUUAUUGUGAUCCAAAGGUGCUGUUUUCAGGUUUUGUUUCGCAAGUGAAACUAUAAAAAGACACUCAGCAUUGCAUUUGGACGGACAGUGCAGCAUUAGGGCAUUGAUUGCUGGGACAUUGAUUGUCUUAGUUUCAGGUGACCUUGAAAUCUAGAUUUACUUGGCUCUUGCAUUGAAGACUGUUUAAUAGCUAACAAUGAAUCAGCAGAGAGCUUUGGAAACUAUGUAAGUCAAUAUCGUCUUCUUCUGAUUGACCUUCUACAAAAGUUUUGGCUCCAGCCACAGUUGUUGCAUCCUCUCCUUAAACGUAUAUUAUCAAGUAUAGCCAUUAUCAAGGCAGUAUAGCCAUUAUAUCAUAUCAAGUAUAGCCAUUAUCUCGAGCAUCUUAUUGUUCUCAUGCUCCUCUUUAGACAGAAAAAUUAACUGUUCAUGGAUGGAUUGACGAUUUGACUAUUAUUUGAUGUGGCACAUGAUUGCGUACCCUUAGGUUUCUCACCCACAUCUAUUUCAAUAUCUCACCUGGACUGCAGGUGCCUUUGUCUUCAUUCCUCUAUUUUUUUUUUUUUUUUUUGCUUACUAUGUGCUGAUGCUGCUAAUUUAGAAGCAGAUACUGCUUUCACAGCUGCUGCUAAUUAUGUUAUCUUUUUUUAAUUCAGAGUAUAGACAUCACUGCAACACGCACAGUUCGGGUAGGUUUAACAAAGUGUAUGAACCUCAAUGUCGCCAUACGGUGCACAGCCAGUGCCUAAGAUAUGUACUAAACUUGCGUUUGGAUGCUUUAAAGCUGAAGUGUGAAUUUUUUUUUUUUUUAAAUAGUUUCUUUCGUCUUAGCUGCAAGUAAUCCUGGUCACACUUUAGAUCAGGGUCUAAUUCUCACUAUUAUAACUUACUAUUAAAGGAACACUCCACUUUUUUUGAAAAAAGGGGCUCAUUUUCCAACUCCCAUAGAGUUAAACAGUUGAGUUUUACCAUUUUCGAAUCCAUUCAGCCGAUCUCCGGGUCUGGCGGUACCACUUUUAGCAUAGCUUAGCUUAGUUCAUUGAAUCUAAUUAGACCGUCAGCAUCUUGUUAAAAAUGACCAAAGAGUUUCAAUAUUUUUCCUCUUUAAAACUUGACUCUUCUGUAGUUACAUCAUGUACUAAGACCGACGGAAAAUUAAAAGUUGCGAUUUUCUAGGCCGAUAUGACUAUUAACUAUACUCUCAUUCCGGCAUAAUAAUCAAGGAACUUUGCUGUCGUACCAUGGCUGCAGCAGGCGCAAUGAUAUUACGCAGCGUCUCUCACAAAUGUCUCCAUGGUUGCAAGGCACGCUCCCUGUGCAAGCAGGGUCACAGGCGCUGCGUAAUAUCAUUGCGCCUGCUGCACCCAUAGUACGGCAGCAAAGUUCCUUGAUUAUUACGCCAGAAUGAGAGUAUAGUUCCUAGCCAUAUCAGCCUAGAAAAUCGCAACUUUUCAUUUUCCGUCAGUCUUAGUACACGAUGUAACUACAGAAGAGUCAAGUUUUAAAGAGGAAAAAUAUUUAAACUCUUUGGUCAUUUUUUAACGAGACGCUAACGGUCUAAUCAGAUUCAAUGAUCUAUGCUAAGCUAUGCUAAAAGUGGUACCGCCAGACCCGGAGAUCGGCUGAAUGGAUUCAAAAACAGUAAAACUCAACUGUUUAACUCUAGGGGAGUUGGAAAAUGAGCCUAUUUUCAAAAAAAGUGGAGUGUUCCUUUAACUACGACUUUUGCAUCAAUAAACUUCUAAUUACUGCUUAUUAAUAGUUAAUAGGGUAGUUGUUAAGUUUAGUAAUUGGGUAGGAUUUGGGAUGUAGAAUAUGGUCAUGCAGAAUAAGGCAUUAAUAUGUGCUUUAUAAGUAUUAAUAAACAACCAAUAUCCUAGUAAUAUGCAUGCUAAUAAGUAAUUAGUUAAUAGUGAGAAUUGGACCAUAAACUAAAGUAUUACUACUACUUUGUUCUGCUUAAGCAGCCCAACACCACAGCAUUGGCUCAACCAAUGGUGUGAUAUUAAGGUGAAGCUAUCUGUGUGUCUGAGCAAUGGCAGAUGAGGAGUGUUUGGAAGAUCUGUUCUGAAAAUAAUCAUUUUUGUAAUUCUAUUAGGAGAGCAGAUAUUAUACCCUUCAGCUCUAAUGCAGGCAAACAGCAUGUUUCCUAUGCAUGACAUUGGACAGUAUGCUGUUGGUGAAUCAGAUGUAUCAUCCUUAUACACAUGGUCAUUGUAACUUCAUAUUUAAUGUGUGGCCAUAACAUAUAUUGUGCUUUUGGUGCUAGACCUGGCAGUAUGAAAUGUCAGGGCUAUAACAGUACCUCUUUGAAGCCUUCUUUAUUCCUCGUUGGACAGGCACUUCUGUGGAACACUGGAAUACCGCAGUCAUUGCUUUGCUUGCAGGUGCACUGGCUUCUCGCAUUACGUUUGCAUUGUGUUGAUUUUCUAAAUGUCAUUUGAAAGGCUAAAUGACAGCAUUGAAUGUCACAAAAUCAUAUUUGUAAGCAUCUUAUAAUCAGUUCACGCAUUGUCACGGUUUAGAACGAUGUGAAUCAAUUUAUGCAAUCUAUUUUUUUUUUUUUUUUUGUCUUCAUAAUGUUUUUGUUUAAAAAAAAAUUGUCAGGAGGAGAGAGAAAAAGCUUGAAGGCCAAAUUCAAUCAAAAUUGUAUAACCAUGAAACCACCUUUCAAUACAGCUAUAUUGCUAUUAUUAAUUCUAUUACAUUUAUCACACUGAUUUACACCAGUAAUUGAAUUUAAAUAUAAAAUUAAAUACUAAUAACAAUUUUAAAUUCAAGUCAACAUGAAGCAAUAUUCACAAGCCAUUUUACUUUAGUAAUGUGAUACAUUUCCAGGUGACAUUGUAUUUUCAGUGGGGGAGGGAGGGGAUGUAGGCUGGCACUUGAUUUGAAAAGAUACAAACCUGAUUGUGAGUUUGCCAAAACAAUGUCUAAAUAGCUAUUUGGCUAUUGAUUAAUGUUAUCCAAUGUAUGUUGCAGAAAAGGAACACAAUUUCAGGGCACAUUUUUUUUUCCUUCCAAUCAUACACAAUAAAUCCAGGAACAUUAUUACUAUAGCAAAUAUUUAGAUUUCAUGUUGACUUAAAGCAUAAACAGGUACUAUGGGAGCUUGAUUCCGCCGUGAAAUAAAAAAUUAAAAAGGUAAUUGCGACUUUUAAUCACGCAAUUCUGACUUUAUAACUCACAAUUGUGAGUUUAUAUCUCGCAAUUCUGAGAAAAAAUGUCAAUUGCAUGAUAAAAAGUCGCAAUUGCGAGAAAAACAAAUCAGAAUUGUGACUUUAUAACGCAAUUCUGACUUUAUAUCAAGCAAUUUUGAGAAAAGAAGUCAGAAUUGUGAGAUAAAAAGUCCCAAUUACCUUUUUUAUUUUUUUAUUUAGUGGUGGAAACAAGCUUCCAUGGGUACUGUUGUGAGAAUUUGAUAGGUUUAAAAUACAGUGAAGUUGCAAGAACAUGUGGUACCAUGCUUUGAUUGCCUUUGGCCUUGAGUACACGAGUAGGCUGCUGUGAUUUGAGCCCUGCAUCUGUCCAUCCCAUAUUGUUGAGACUGCAAAGAAAGAAAGAAAG